UCUGCGGAGGGCGAGGCGUGGUGACGUCAUAGUGACGCUACUACACGGUGACGUCAUGUCCCGCUCGAGCGGCUCGGGACGAGAGCGGAGUGUGCAGAAUGCGGAUGCUCCGCGAGCUCUGCACGCCCGUUCUUUCAAACUACGAUUUGCCGCGCAAAGGGAGGUCGGACGUUCCUACGUGUCUCUCGUGAAACCAUUAGGAUUACCGGCAACGGUGACGGACAAGUUCUACAGCAGGCCGCAGGGCGGCGAGCUGCAGGAGGAGAGCGCCCUCAGCCGCAUCGACAACAUGUUCGCGCUGGGGCCGCGGGAUAAAUACCAAGAACCGUCCACCUCAGCACAAGAAUAUGGAUGGUGGUGCAGUGAGCGAUGUAAAGGGGAUGCUGUGCUCCAGCAUCACAUCAGAGAUUCAGCCUGGCUUAAAGAAAGGCUGCGGGUGCUAGCUGCUGAUGAUAAACUGAAGCUUAAAUAAUUUAUUGCAGCUUCAGUUCAGUAAUGAAAUUGUGUUCUAAAGGAUAAGAAACCUGGUGCGAUGCCUUUGAAGGCAGUAGGUUUUUCUGGAAUUUGACGAAUUAUUUCCAUGGUGAAGGAAUAACAUCAUGUAAUAAAAAUCAAACACGCAAAAAUUAUAAUUUGCGUAAUUACUGGUGGUAGGACGUCUUAUGGGCCCGCACGGGUAGGAACCACCGCCCUGCCUGUUGCUCCCGUGAAGCAGUUAAUACUUCUCAGUUUUAAAGGCGGGGCAGUCAUUAUACUGGAAAAACAGAUUUGGAACUAAUGUCUCAAGGUGGCGGCAUUCACUUAUGGUGUCUCCGGUGACCACUUAACUUCAGGUGUGCCGUGAGCUCGUCCACCCACCUAAGCAAGUUUUUUUUAUCAAAGACACCUUUGAGCAGCAGUGCUGUCCUCUUCCUUCUUUAUUUUUAAAAGAGACUGUUUAAUUUAGAUCAAUAAUAUUAAAUCAAUAGGUAUACCUUUACAUUAUCAACAAAUAAAAUACACCGUGGAUUAUAUUGCGCAUUCAUUGUGAAAUUCUUUGCUCUACUUCCAAAUAUUUAUAGAGGAACCUUAAUACAUUCUUAUAGCAAAUUGGUUGGUAAAUUUUCCUGAACUAUUAGAGUGAAUGUGUUUGACUAGGAGCCCUUGUGGGCAGAACUCAUUAUGAUCACGGUGACCAACAACAAUUAUACUUGCCAUGGCUCCCUGACAAAAAUUUGUAUAAUACCACUUCUCAUUUUGUAAAGAACUACUUGAUUGGGUUAUUAUUAACAGUGAUGUAUUAUAAUUAAUAUUCUAUUAUUAGUAUUGUGUGAGUUUCAAUGUUGUGUUGUAUGUUGCAAAAAAAUUUUUGGUAUACAAUUACUCUUCUGUUACUUGCAUACAUUUAAUUUUCAGUAUUCUUAUUCAUUUCGAAUUCAUUAUUCAUUGAAUUUUAUUACGAUAACGCACAUAGCCUACCGCAUGAUCAAUAAUAAAUAUUUGCAGUUCAGAAACAAACAACAAACUCUUAAAUCGCAUACCGAAUUAACAAUUCAGGGAUCUUGGCCGAGUCUUGUGCGAAUAACACGAUAUUUCUUUGUUCUACGGUUUUUUUGUAAAUAUUUCAUGCUAAAAGUGGAUUGUGCCUACUGUGCUAUAUAUCAAAAGAAAGCUUGUUUAUUGGACUACAUAUUGGUGAAAUCAGUUUUCCAAAAUACAUAAAAACCUGUGAGUAGCAAUUGAAAAACUAUAUUAUUAUUGAAUAUUAACGGCCGGCGACCCUGACCUAGGGCAACCCGCGGGCCGCUCGCUGCUACUCACACACGCGCAAUUGACCGCGCCACAGACUGAAUGCAACCUUAAAGUAAGCGUCCCAAGAGCGUAAACUCUGAUAUUAGCACAUACAAAUACGUUAUGGCGCCACCGGCAAAGAAAAAAUGUUCUGGGUGUAAAGAAAAUAUUGAAGACCGAAGAUUCUUACAAUGCUCCAAAUGUAGUAGAUUGUACGAUUUAUUGUGCGCAAAUGUUCCCGAAACACGGUUCUAUAGUACGAUGACGGAAGACCAUAAAAAGAAAUGGAUUUGUCAGCUAUGCAAGUCGCAACAACCAAAGGGUGGAUAACACGGAUUCACCUGCGCGAACAGGAAGAGAUGACGACACCUUUUCCGAGUCAGAGAACAAUGUGACAUUUCGUAAGAACAGCAAUGUGAAAAUCUGUCCAUGCAUUUCAGCUGAUGAAAUCCGUAAAAUCUUCAGAGCCGAGUUCCAAAGUUCAAUGAGGCAAAUAACCGAAGGAAACAUUACUCAACUACAAGAGAUGAAGAAAGUUAUCGCGGAGUUCAAGGCGUCCAUAACUUUCUUUAACGAGCAAUUUGAAGAAAUGAAAAAUGAGGCGUCUAUUCAGAAAACAAUAGUUGAGAACCUACAAAAAGAAAA